AAGGACUUUUACAAAACUCUAAUGAAUAUUUUAAUUUAAAAAAAAAAAAUCUAAAAAAACUAAGCAAAUACAUAUUACUUAGUCAAUCAUUUCUGAAGAAAAAAGAAAACACAUUUCUGAUGGAAUCAUUCAAUUUCCAAAAGAAACUGAUCACUUGUUCAUUCAGUCCGGCAAGUCGACAGACCAAAAAGUCAAAACCUGUUGAUCGCUCACCACCCUCUUCUAUCAUCGGUUUCAUUUCUAGAUGAUUUCUAGGGUUUGACGUUCCAAUAAAGCAUGCUGCCAUCUGAAUUAGGGUUAGGCAUAGGGCUUUUGUUAUUCAUCUCGACCUGUUAUCCAGUGGAAUCAAGAUGUUCCAAAGGAUGUGAUUUGGCUCUGGGAUCAUAUUACGUGUGGCCACUAUCGAACCUCACAUUCAUCUCCGAAGUAUCAAGCAAUCAGAUUAAUGAUAUCCUCAGUUACAACCCUCAAAUUCCAAACCAAGACAGUAUCCAAUCCGAUAUUCGAAUCAACAUUCCAUUCUCUUGCAACUGUAUCGGUGGCCAAUUCUUGGGUCAUGUGUUCCAGUACACCGUUCGAUCCGGUGAUACGUAUGAUAAAGUUGCGAAUGUGUACUAUGCGAAUUUGACGACGACGGCGUGGUUGGAGAGGUUCAAUAGUUACGACCCGGAUCACAUACCGGACACCAAUGCCAGGCUCAACGUGACCGUGAAUUGUUCUUGUGGGGAUAGUGGAGUGUCCAAAGAGUACGGACUGUUCGUGACCUACCCGCUCCGGCCGGGCGAGAGUUUGGAUUCUGUUGCGGCCCAAGCUAAUCUCAGUGCAGAUUUAAUUCAGAGUUACAACCGAAAUUCGAAUUUCAGUUCGGGGAACGGUCUGGUGUAUAUUCCGGGCAAAGAUAAAAAUGGAAAUUAUCUACCUUUGAAAUCAAGCACAGGAUUGUCUGGUGGGGUCAUAGCUGGAAUAUCGGUAGCUGGAGUAGCAGGUGUUCUGUUAUUGGCAGUUUGCAUAUAUAUUGGAUUUUACAGACUGAAAAAGAUACCAGAUGCAAAAUUGCUUUCUGCAGCAUAUGAAGAUCAAUCUUUUCAGGCUACACGAGCUCCUGGAAGUACUUUGGAUAAAGAUGCAGACUCCACUGGCCUUGCUGUCAGUGCCUCUCCACGCUUUGCAGGCGUGACUAUUGACAAAUCUGUGGAGUUCUCAUAUGAAGAGUUGGCAUCGGCUACCAACAAUUUCAGUAUUGCUAAUAAGAUAGGUCAAGGUGGCUUCGGGGCUGUUUAUUAUGCUGAGCUGCGAGGCGAGAAAGCUGCAAUCAAGAAGAUGGAUAUGCAAGCAUCAAGAGAGUUUCUUGCUGAAUUAAAGGUUUUGACGCAUGUUCAUCACCUGAACCUGGUACGCUUGAUUGGGUAUUGUGUUGAAGGUUCUCUUUUCCUAGUCUAUGAAUUUAUUGAGAAUGGCAACUUAACCGAACAUUUGCGUGGGUCAGGGAGUCACCCUCUUCCAUGGUCUACCAGGGUGCAAAUUGCCCUUGAUUCAGCAAGGGGUCUCGAGUAUAUCCAUGAACAUACUGUUCCUGUCUACAUCCAUCGCGAUAUCAAAUCAGCAAAUAUACUGAUAGACAAAAAUCUCCAUGGGAAGGUUGCAGACUUUGGUUUGACAAAGCUGACUGAGGUUGGGAGUACAUCACUGCCUACACGUCUUGUUGGUACAUUUGGAUACAUGCCACCGGAAUAUGCUCGGUAUGGCGAUGUUUCUCCUAAAGUUGAUGUCUACGCUUUUGGGGUUGUCCUUUAUGAACUUCUUUCAGCCAAGGAAGCCAUAGUGAAGAUAAAUGAUUCUACUGCGGAGUCAAAGGGUCUUGUUGCUUUGUUCGAGGAAGUUCUUAGUCAACCUGAUCCGACAGAACAUCUUCGCAGAGUAGUUGACCCUAGGCUUGGAGAUAAUUACCCCAUGGAUUCAGUCCGCAAGGUGGCUCAACUUGCCAAAGCUUGUACACAAGAGAAUCCUCAACUACGACCAAGUAUGAGAUCAAUUGUGGUUGCACUGAUGACUCUCUCAUCCUCCACAGAAGAUUGGGAUGUUGGCUCUUUCUAUGAAAACCACGGUCUACUCAACCUUAUGUCUGGAAGGUAGCAGCGAGAAAGCGUGUCACACUCACAGUUGUACUGUGGAGAUUAUUUGCAUGUGAAUAAUAUUCAGAUUUCAUUUCAAUAGUUCACAUACAUAUAUAAUUUGUAUGUGUGAGCUUCGCAUGUAUUAUGUAUUCAUUGUUUGGCGUGUGCAUGAAAAUGGAAGGACUGUAAAGCAUGAUUUGUGAUGUUAUAUAUAUAUAUAUAUAUACACUUCUGUAAAUUAUUCUCAUUUUAGUUAAAAUAAACUGUUGCUUAA